GUCCGCACACACUGCGUAGAAAGGCUCUCUUGCGGUUGCUGUUUGGCGGAGAAAACUGCGCCAAUGUCGAGGGAUGGAUAGGGAGCCAGAGAGAGGCGGAGGUAUGGUCCAGAGCCGGGGGGACGGCGGCGCAGCAGCCGGGGAGGCUCUGCAGCAGUGUCAGCUCAUCCAGAACAUGAUCGACAUCUCCGUGUCCAGCCUGCAGGGGCUCCGGACCAAGUGCGCCGCUUCCAACGACCUCACCCAGCACGAGAUCCGCACCUUAGAGGACAAGCUCACCAAAUACUUCUGCCAGCAGCUGCAGUUAAAGCAGCGAGUGCCUGAGAGGGAGAGGACUGAAACUCUGGCUGGAUACCCGAGACUGGAGGACUGGCUGCGCACAGUGAACCUCAGACCACAGUUCAUACAGGCUGUAGCAGGGAAGCUAUCUGUGGAUGUGUUGCUACAGAUGUCCAACUCUGAGCUGCAGGACACGAUGAGACGCCUGGGAUCGAACUCAGAGGAGUGUUCUCGCCUCACCGCCGCCCUCUCUUGUUUGAAGAGUGCUACUGAGACAGGUGGUGACCCAAAGGAGGAUGCAGGGUCCUGGGGCUCUGAGCUCCGGCAGGGCAAUGACGUCUUAUCUCCUGUCAAUCCUCCUCCGUGCUCGGUGGCCUCCCCUGGCAGUCCCUCCACCCCUCAGCUCCCACCCAGCACUCAUGGACGCUCUAUUUCUAUAUCAGUGGUGCCCUGUCUGAACGACCAGAAACCUUACAUAUCAGCUGAGGAAAUGACGGACGCCUUCCCCUCAACGCCAGCCACCCCUCCGAUCACUCCACUCUCCAAGAGACGUAAUGCCAAGCCUCCACACACGCCACCGCCGCCUGCCCACAAGCUACUGCAGCUCCUUCCCAACAUCACACUGACACGAAGCAAGAGCCACGAGUCUCAGCUGGCCAGCCGCAUUGAGGAGCCCGCCACCAACAAGGCUGGGAAGAAGAGCAAGCUGCUGGCUAACAUUCAGAUCAACGGCUAUGGGAACAGCUCUGAGGACUCAGCCAUGUGUUCACCGCUGCUGUCUGCCCGGACGCUGGGCCCUGUCCCUGCCACUGCCCCCUACAUGCUGCCGGCCACUCCCACCCUGCUGGAGAAUAAUCUGGCCAUGCACAGGAGUUCCCCUCAGACGAUGAGGAGAGAUUUCGGUCUGGCUGUAACACACAGGUUCUCCACCAAGUCUUGGCUGUCACAGACCUGCCAAGUGUGUCGUAAGAGCAUGAUGUUUGGUGUCAAGUGCAAACACUGCAAGUUAAAGUGCCACAAUAAAUGUACCAAAGAAGCCCCGUCAUGUCGGAUCUCUUUCCUCACAUUGCCAAGGAUCCGCAGGGCAGAAUCGGUGCCGUCAGAUAUCAAUAAUCAGAUCGACCGCACAGCAGAGCUACCGUUGCAGUUUGGCACUUUACCAAAGGCAAUAACCAAAAAGCAGGAGCUCCCGCCUGUUUUAAACCAGCUAGACUCCAGCAGCAACCCCUCAUCAGCCACCUCCUCCACCCCCUCCUCCCCGGCUCCCUUCCAGCAGAGCAACCCUCCCAGUGUCAGCGCCACGCCGCCUCCCAACCCGUCACCCCAAGGCUCACGAGACGGACGCUUCCAUUUCCCAGAUGUUCCCUCUUCUCUGUACACUUCCGGUCUGCAUCCUGCAGGUUACCAUGACUCUGGAGUUGGACAGUCGGCCAUUAAUGAGAUGCAGCUCGCAGGACAAAUAGGAGUGGAAGAGGAAGCUGAGGAAGACUACCCAGCAGAAGACGAGGACGCAGCUGACCAGUGCGGCCGAGGGAAGAGCUACUCCAACGGCGAGUAUGAUGAGGAUGAGCUGGAGGAGCUGCCAGCUUCGGGGUGCCGUCGAGGCGUUGCGGGUCGCUGGCGAGGCCCCAUCUCACGUAAGGCCAGCCAAACCAGCGUGUACCUGCAGGAGUGGGACAUCCCAUACGAGCAGCUGCAGCUGGGCGAGCUCAUCGGCAAGGGUCGCUGGGGAAAGGUGCACAAGGGUCGCUGGCAUGGUGAGGUGGCCAUCAGGCUCAUGGAGGUCGAUGGCAACAACCAGGACCACCUGAAGCUGUUCAAGAAGGAGGUCAUGAACUACAGGCAGACCAGGCACGAGAACGUGGUGCUUUUCAUGGGCGCCUGUAUGGCUCCUCCCCACCUCGCAAUAAUCACCAGUUUCUGUAAAGGUCGGACUUUAUUCUCUGUUGUAAGAGACAGCAAACAGUCACUGGACAUCAACAGAACCAGACAAGUUGCUCAGGAGAUUGUAAAGGGAAUGGGCUAUUUGCAUGCCAAAGGCAUCGUUCAUAAGGACCUGAAGUCGAAGAAUGUGUUCUACGACUUGAACAAAGCCGUCAUCACAGACUUUGGACUGUUUGGGAUGUCUGGGGUGGUACAGGAAGGAAGAAGAGAGAAUGUGCUGCGGAUACCUCAGGGCUGGAUCUACUACCUGGCUCCAGAGAUCGUUCGCAGGAUGGGCCCGGAGGUCGAUGAAGACCAGCUUCCCUUCUCCAAAGCAGCUGAUGUUUAUGCAUUUGGCACAAUCUGGUAUGAGCUGCAGGCCAGAGGUUGGCCCAUCACCAACCAGCCGGUGGAAGCUAAAAUCUGGCUGUUUGGCAGCGGUGAGGGCAUCAAGAAAGUCCUGGCAGAUGUCAACCUGGGCAAGGAGGUGACGGAGAUCCUCUCUGCCUGCUGGUCCUUUGAGGCAGAAGACAGGCCUUCCUUCACACAGCUCGCCGACAUGCUGGAGAAGCUUCCCAAGCUGAACCGGAGGCUCUCACACCCCGGACACUUCUGGAAGUCAACCGAGCCAUGGGAUCAUCACUGCUUGAGAGAUCACUGCUGUCAGGGCCUGCACUCUCACUGCCCCUACCUGUACAAAUACAGCAGCUGAUAGCAUUGUUAUUCAGAAGUUGGUCUGUGUAACAUUUAACACCAAUAAAUCAACAUUAUACCGUCUAAAUAUUAAUUUAGACGGUAUAAUUACUGUAAAAAAA